GUAUUUCUAUUAUCUCUCUGGAGAACCCGCUCCUGUCUCUCUCUCUCUCGCCGUCCUUGCCGCCACGCUUGCCCUCUGCCUAAGCACGGGCAUCGGUGCCGUCUCUACCUCGGCUUACAUCGAUCUCCUUUCCCCCUCGGUGGCUCUCGCCCUUCGCCCGCAUUCGCGGCACUUUUGGAAGCCCGCGUCGAGCGACGCAAAGGAGCGGUAUAUUGUAGGUCUCAGGACAACCUAUACGAAGCAGGGGAUGAAGAGAUCCGCAAGGCUGGUUGCGAUAACCUAUCUCUUGGGUAGGACUACAAAUCCUAAUCCAAGUUUGAUCAGGGGGAGUAGCGGAUGCUAUCUCUAUGCUUCUCUUCGUGCAAUCUCUUCUGCGUCGAUCCCUCUUCCUCUUCGGAAUCAAUGGCCCUUUUCUCGAAAUCCAUCCAAUUCAUGGGCAUCGUCACCGUGGAUUCGGUUCGGAGAAAUUUGCGGAAGACUUACUUUUGCUCUGAUCAUUAUAUGCUCAGGACAGAGGAGGAGCCUGUUUAUCCAAACACAGUCGACACCCAAUCCAUUGUCUCUCAUGUUUUAUCCAGGACAACCGGUAAUGGAAGUUGGAAGUGCUGAUUUUCCCAAUGCUCGUUCGGCUAUGACUUCACCACUGGCUAAAUCUAUGUUUGAAAUUGAUGGAGUCUCAAGAGUUUUCUUCGGAUCAGAUUUUGUCACGGUAACAAAGUCAGAAGAAGCUUCGUGGGAUUUUCUGAAGCCCGAGAUUUUUGCAGCAAUAAUGGACUUCUAUUCAUCUGGAAAACCACUUUUGCUCGACUCAAAUGUUGCAGCUUAUAUGGACACAGCAAUCCAUGAGGACGAUUCAGAAAUUGUUGCAAUGAUCAAAGAAUUACUAGAAACACGAAUUCGACCUGCAGUGCAGGAUGAUGGUGGGGAUAUCGAGUAUCGUGGAUUUGAUCCGGAUUCUGGGAUAGUCACGCUAAGAAUGCAAGGUGCCUGUAGCGGCUGCCCAAGCUCAUCUGUGACAUUGAAGUCUGGCAUCGAGAAUAUGCUUAUGCAUUAUGUGCCGGAGGACGAGGCAGUUAAGAAUCUUGACGGAAACAGACGUUCCCAAAUAACAGUGACAUAUCACUUUGUAUUACUGUUGAUUUCUUAUAUAUAAAAAGUUUGUCUGGUUUAUUUUUGUUCUCUUUUGAUCGACAGGUCAAAGGGGUUGACCAGGAGCUAGAUACGGAUGAGGGUGCUUCGUCAAGCAGUCAAACGGAAUAAAAUGUCACCGAAGAAGCCUAAUCAUCGAACCUCCCCCGUAAAGAAUUAGUACCUGCUGUGAUUUCUCAACUCGCAACAUCAGUGGAGAAAUCUGGAGUUAUAGCCGAAGACCAUUUAACCUCUGUAUAUAUGUUUUGUAAGAGAGGAAAAAGAUACCCGUAAUGUUCGAUAGCGAAGCAUGUAACUAUCGAAAUGAGAUUUUUUUUUUUUUUCAUUUUUAUCCAUGGGCACAUUUCCACAUUAAAUGUUUGUCUUUUUUAUGUCA